AUGCGCCUCUCCCGCCUCUUCCCCGGCUGCUCAAAGCUUGCCAGCGGGGAGAAGAUAGGCCAGGGAAGGCUCUUUGCGAACGCUCGUCCCACCCAUCCUACCUGGGCCCAGUACUCGGCUGCCUGCGGGACAGUACUGUCCUUCCAGCGCUCGGCUCUGGAGCGCGACCCUGAAGCUAUGGAGGUGCUGGUCCUGGCCGGAUACCGCGCGCAGAAGGAGGACGAACUGAAUCUGGCCCCCGGGGACGUGGUCCGGCAGGUGUGCGAGGGGUCCGCACGGGGCUGGCUGCGCGGAGAGCUACGGGGUCGUUGUGGCCUCUUCCCCGAGAGGUCGGUGCAGGUGAGGCCGGGCCGCAGGUCGGCAAGCCCCCUAACUUCACUGUCCCCACCAGGCCUCGGGAACCCAGACAUGCCUUCAGUCAGCCCCAGUCCCCAGCGGCCUCCCAAGCUGAGCAGCCUGACCUAUGACAGCCCUCCAGACUACCUGCAGACAGUCUCCCGCCCUGAGAUCUAUAGGGUGCUGUUCGACUACCAGCCUGAGGCCCCAGAUGAGUUGGCGCUGCGGAGAGGAGACGAGGUGAAAGUACUGAGGAAGACCACAGAGGAUAAGGGCUGGUGGGAAGGAGAGUCUCAAGGCAGAAGAGGAGUCUUUCCAGACAACUUUGUGCUCCCCCCACCCCCAAUCAAGAAGCUGAUCCCACGGAAAGUGGCAUCUCGGGAGUCAGCUCCUCUUAAGGAACCAAAAAGGAUGAUGCCCAAAGCAGCCCUGCCUACAGUCAAGAAGCUGGUGACAGCCCCCACUGGGCCCAGCAAACCCAAGCCAUCUUGGAUACCCAGUGGAGACAGUCAGAAGCGCCCCUCCCGAGACUCCAGCUCCAGUGGCAGCUUCCUCAGAAGGGGUCCAGGCCACCCUGGUAGAAAGGGAUUGAAAACCCAGACUUCCUGGCAGCGCUCUGCCACCAGUCAGGAAGAAGAGCAGAGCAGCCUGGCAAAGGCCCCUCCUGUGAAUAAAACCCCUACUCUGGACAAGACUACCAGCCCAGAGAAAACUCUGUCUCCGGAUAAGGCCCCCACUCCAGAGGAAACCCUGACUCCAGAUAAGGGCGGCUACCUACUCUCUCAAAUAAGGACUAACCCCGAGAGCUUUGGCCUCUACUUCGUGCUGGGAGUCUGCUUUGGCCUGCUGCUAACGCUGUGCCUACUAGUCAUCAGCAUCUCCUGUGCGCCCCGCCCGCGGCCCCGGGCCCCUGCUCCGCGCCGGGACCCCCGCAGCAGCACCCUGGAGCCCGAGGACGACGAUGAGGACGAAGAGGACACGGUGACGAGGCUGGGCCCCGACGACACACUCCCAGGCCCAGAGCUGUCCGCCGAACCCGACGGGACCCUGAGCGUCAACGUCUUCACGUCGGCGGAGGAGCUGGAGCGGGCGCAGCGCCUGGAGGAGCGCGAGCGGAUCCUGAGGGAGAUUUGGCGCACCGGACAGCCGGACCUGCUGGGUACUGGCACGCUGGGGCCCAGCUCCACGGCCACAGGCACCCUGGGUCGUAUGCACUAUUACUGACCCGUCCCGCUCCCGCUGCGAGGCACUCUGAGUACUGGUCAGGGGCGUGAACUCAGAGCUGCCCCAGGACGUUGGAACUGCCCCUGCCUGCGGUGCUAUGGAGGCCCCACCCCCCACAGCUUCCUCAGUGCUGUUGCGCAUGGAUCCCCACCUUCCGGGACCCCCAGUCCUGCCAGAAAGCCCGUGGGGGACGACAGGACACAGGAUCCCCAGCCUCUC